CACACCCUCAGGCCCCGCCCCCUCGCUGGGCCGGCUGCCCGGCUCCGCUCUCCCAUUGGCAGGUGCUGCUCACGUGACGCGGGUCUGGCCGGCAGAUACUACGCGUAUCUUCAGCAAGCUCAAGCAUUUUACACAUUCCCGUUCCAUCAGAUGAUGACUGCGGUGCCCAACAUGGAAAUGAUGACUGAGCAGCCGACUCUAGAGGGCAUCCCAGAGCCAAACAUUGCUCAGGAGCCUCCAAAAGAAGUUAAAAAAGGAGGAAGAAAAAGAAAAGCCAAAGCAACUGAGCCAAAGCAACCUAAAAAGCCUGCUGCUAAAAAAGAAAAAUCAGCCAAGUCAAAAGGCAAACAGGAAAAGAUCACAGAUACAUUUAAAGUCAAAAGAAAAGUGGACCGUUUUAAUGGGGUAUCUGAAGCUGAACUUUUGACCAAGACUUUACCUGAUAUCUUGACCUUUGAUCUGGACAUUGUAAUAAUUGGCAUAAACCCUGGCUUGAUGGCAGCUUACAAAGGACAUCAUUACCCUGGACCUGGAAACCAUUUUUGGAAGUGUCUGUUCAUGUCUGGUCUGAGUAAUGAACAGCUGAACCAUAUGGAUGACCACACCUUGCCACAUAAAUACGGGAUUGGAUUUACAAACAUGGUUGAAAGGACAACACCUGGAAGCAAAGACCUCUCCAGCAAAGAGUUUCGGGAAGGAGGGCGGAUUCUGAUGCAGAAGUUACAAAAGUAUAAACCUCGUAUAGCAGCUUUCAAUGGAAAAUGUAUUUAUGAAAUUUUUAGUAAAGAAGUUUUUGGAAUAAAAGUUAAGAACUUGGAAUUUGGACUGCAGCCACACAAGGUGCCAGAUACAGAAACUCUCUGCUAUGUUAUGCCAUCAUCCAGUGCUAGAUGUGCUCAGUUUCCCCGUGCACAAGAUAAAGUUCAUUAUUACAUAAAGCUGAAAGACUUGAGGGAUCAACUGAAAGGCAUUGCACCAAACACAGAGGUGCAGGAGGUGCGAUACACCUUUGACUUGCAACUUGCACAAGAGGAUGCUAAAAAGAUGGCUGUCAAAGAAGAAAAAUACGAUCCAGGUUAUGAAGCAGCGUAUGGAGGAGCUUACUGUGACCGUGUGCCCUAUGAAAGUGAACAGUGUACUUUCUCUUCAAAUGGAACUGGUAAUCCACAGUACUGUGAGGGGCCAUCCUUUGGUGAAGUUCCUAAUGGACAAUGGAUGACACAGUCCUUUGCAGACCAGAUUCCAGAGUUCAAUGCUGGUGUGUCACGGGAAGAAGAGGGAAGCAACAUGUAAGAGCUGUGUCUUCUCAGCUAUGCAUACCUGCUGCAGUUUUAAUGCAGUGCUCAAGAUUGGUACCUCGGUUCUCCAACUGAAGCAUUUGAAUAGGAUUUUAUCUCCCCUAGUUAUUUUAUUCUAGUCCCAGGUAUGUGUGUGGUAGCUCCAAUCAAUGAACUAGAGAAUUUUAAGGAACUCUCCGAGCUUUUUAAAAAGUUAUCCCUUUUUUGUAUAUGAGUUUUAUAUUUAAUGUAUUCCAUUUAUUGCAGGGUUUCUCAUUUGUGAAGAUUUCUUUGGGGCGUUAAUUUCAUUCCAUGAAUCAUAAUGUAGUAGUAACAGCAGCAGUAUCCUGAUGCCUCAAUAUUGGGAUCUCUCAUAAUCCUUUUCUAUCCUGAGGGGAAAAUGAGAAGUGUACUCUUAUCUUACAUGAAAUGGUAUUUUUAAUCAUGCACAGUUAAGCGAACUGUGCUUUUUAAGUCUGACUUUUACCUUCUUUGUGCAGAAAGUUGUAUUCUGCAGUGUAUUUUUUGGGUGGGAAGAGAGCUCUCUGUCUAUUCAGGAUUAACGUGAGUGGAGACAUCAUCUCAAGUCACAGCACUUUGGAGGGGAAUUUGUGUUGCACAGGACAGGGCCUAAAUAUUGUAUCUAAGCUGUCUUUAGGGUAAAGUUUCCCUAGCACUCCAUCUCUUCCCCCAUUAAAUUCCAAUGUAAGGAACUGGAAUUCCUUUAAAAAAAUGAACAACAGUGGUUCUUGAAUUCUGUGGCAUUUAACUCUCCGUGAUAUCUGUGGGAUUAGUCUCUUCAGCUGACCUUUAGUAGGAGACAACCUCUUUGCACAGAUUCCAUUGCAGGGAAGUGAAAAAUCAAGCUCCCUGUAAAAAUCACGUAAAGCUGCAUCAUUUAUAUCAGACACAGUUUGCACAGGGUGAAAGAGGUUUGUGCUUUAGUGUGUUUUAACAUCCGGUUCUCUUCAGUCUGUGAGAGCUUAGGAAGAAGGGUGUUGUCAUUAUUACUGGAAUUAAAUCUAAGGGCAGGUGUUCCACGAACAAGAAGCCAUCUGUAGAAACUCCAGCUCUCUUUUCAGGAACUUGCUUAAACAAUACACCUUUUUGGCCAAUAUUAAUGACUGAGAGAGAAAUGAAACUCUGCUUGUGUCUAACCAUCAUAUUCUUUCCCUCUUCUACCAUGUGCGGAAGAAAUGAAGUUAAAGCAAUAAGCUGAUCAAAACACUGAAGUUCUGAUGAUCUUACGACAAUAGGUGCUUCACAUACUUGAAAAACAUACAGACAGUAUAACCACAAUCCACACCGGUCAGAUUCCUGAACCGUGUCUUCUAUCCUUUCUUCACAGCCAGUGACAGUUGUCAUGCAUCAAGCAUAAUGAGUUAGCGUAGAUUCUGAACCUGCUGUAGCAGCUCUCAGUGAGAUCACACACUGUCAGCCUGUUGUGGGGCAGGCACAAUGUUUACAAUUUCUUCCCAAAUGAUGUGGCUUAAUUCUGAGUGUCUUAAAUGAAGCAAGUGUGCAUUUUGAUUCUGAUUGUGUUUAUUAACCUCAGUUGAAAGCUGUCAAAAAGGUAUGGGGCUUGUCUUGUCUGUUAUUUAAAGUGUACUGUAUCAUGUAUUGCUGUUUACAUGGACAUUUUCCUACAGGUGCUCAAAGUAUCUUGCAUCAGGGAUUUGUUACAAUUCAGUUUUAUUUUUCAACAAAAUUAGAAGCAUGUAAUUAGCACUUCUGAGUAUGUAGCACAGUAGGGUAACACUACUGUAAGACUAUCCUGUUUGAUUGGAAGGGAAAGGACUUCUCUUUAAUGGAGUUGGCUACUAGGUUAUCUAGAUAUAGAAUUCAGUGUUCAAUGACUGUUCCACUAACUAUUGCAAUUCUGUGUGUACUCCCUCAGAACUGGUGCUCUUUUCCUUACAGUAAUACAGAAGUUCUUAAACCUGUCUUAAAACUAUCAAAAGUUUCACAAUAAAAUCAGGAAUUGUA